AUGGCCGCCGCCUCCCGUUGCUGGCCGCCUCCUCCUCCCGCCACCGCUGCCCGCCACUCACCGCUCGCCGCCGUCCAUCGGCCACCGCUCUUGCUGCCGCCGCCUCCUUCUCCUCCGCCACCGCCGGCCGCCACUCACCGCUCGGUCCAUCGCCACCGCCUUGCUACGCGGCCGCUUCUCUUCUCGCUGCUGCCCACGGCCGGCCGCCACUCACCGCUCGCUGCCCAUCGGCCACCGCCUCUUGCCGCGGCCGCUUCUCUUCUCGCUGCCGCCACCGCCGGCCGCCACUCACCGCUCGCUGCCCAUCGGCCAUCGCUCUUGCCGGGCCGCCUCUUCCUUCGCCGCGCCACCGCCGGCCGCCACUUCACCGCUCGCUGUCCAUCGGCCACCGCCCUUACUGCCGCCGCCUCCUCUCGCCGCCGCCCACACCCGGCCGCCACUCACCGCUCGCUGCCCAUCGGCCACCGCCCUGCCGCCGGCCGCCUCCUCCUCUCGCCGCCUUCACCUCGGCCGCCACUCACCGCCGCCGUCCAUCGGCCACCGCCCUUGCCGCCGGCCGCCUUCCUCGCUGCGCCGCCACCUCGGGCCGCCACUCACCGCCCGCCGUCCAUCGGCUAA